AUGGGCAACGUAGGAAGCCGCCCUGACGAUGGUGCUCCUGUCUACUUCAAAGAUCAGACUCGAUUCUCGAUCUCAACUGUCAACAUCACAAACUCGCGUGGUCGCACCCUCGUCUCGCUCCACCCCAACUCUUUCCCUGCCACGCGCUACCACGCAAAACGUGACAGCGGCGACAGCACUCCUGUCGAAUACGUCCAGGAUCCCGAACCCCCUUCGAUCAUCUCUCCCGCCUUCCUAUUGCGCUUAGCCAACGAUGAAGAGCUUACCUUCAACUUCACAUGCGUCCUGCGCCAAUCCAACUCGGCUCCACCAAACAAAAUCGGCGACCAUCCCGUCGCCCCCGCUGGCGUGAUCUCCUCAGAUACCCAGCUAUGCGGCUUGACCUACGUCUUUGGUUCGACUUCAAAAGAGAUUGACCAACUCGUUACGCGCGAAUUCCAUGCCGAUCCCAACCUGCACAAGAAUCCGAACGUUGAGCUCGUCGGCGACUAUAAUACCGGUGGUGUGCCCUCUGUGCAGUUCCAAUGGUCAUGGAAGUGGAAGCCUCCAAAGCAGUCCGAAGAUAACGGCGGCGGUUGGCGCAAUACUUGCAGUUUUGUCGAAUACAACUCGCGUGCCCAUCGUCUUGAAACACUGGCCAGCUUCUCCUUCUGGGUCACGAAUACACAGCGCUGGUUGCUUUCUCCUACGCUGUCCCCUCCCAGGCUUAGGGUACCAUCUGCUCAAUCCAUCGAAUCCAGAGUUAGCGCCAUUAGUGAUUCCGACGGCGGCGACCCCAAAGACUACAGGGAUUAUCGCGAUUUCCGCGAGCCUUCUUCACCCAUGGCCGACGCAAUCCCGGAAUACGGUCUUGGACUGGUCCCUUCCAUGACCAAUGGAGGUUCCUUACCUGCUCCUAAGGUUGACAUUAGUUGUGUCGGUCGUCCCGCCGAGGAUGCCAGUAACAGCGAGGACGGCCCCGUCUUCAGAGCCACCAUGCGAGCACUGGAGCAAAAAACCGGCACCAUGAGAUCUCGUAUGAAGAAGGUCUUGAGAGCUGCCGAAGCCGCACAGGCCGCCCAGACUGCCUGUAACGACGCCCACUCUGCCUUUAUGGAUGCACUUAGGGAGGCUUCCAACUCAAACGCAAAUGCUGUCCGUCCUGCCCUCGAGCAUUACUUCGACUCCAUCGCGAGGGAAAUCCUACUUUACGAGCGUCAAAAUAACGCGAACCUACAAAAACUCAUCAUUGAACCUAUCAACAAGCUCUACAGUCUGGACAUCAAACAGGCCGAGUCGAAAAGGCGCGAUUUCGACGAGGAAAGUAAAGACUAUUACGCCUAUGUCAGUAAGUACCUUGGUCAGCGCUCCGAGUCACUCAAGGAGAAAAAACGCGUCGAGAGUGAUGCCAAAUAUCAAGCCAAGCGUCGAACAUUUGAGCUGAAGCGUUUCGACUAUUCCUCUUUCAUGCACGAUCUAAACGGUGGGCGCAAAGAACAAGAAGUGCUCUCUCAGCUCACAAAGUACGCAUCCGCACAGGCCCGAGGAUAUCUCACUACAGCUAAAAAGGUUGGAGAGAUGUUGCCACAGCUGGAAGCUCUGACACGUGAAGUCUCGCAUGCCGACAUGGAGUUCCAGAUGCAACGCACGGAGCGAGAGGAAAAGAGACGAGCCUUGGAGACCAACAGUGCCAAAUCGCCUGAAAUGGAGAAUCCACCAUCAGUUUUCAACGGUUCGAGUGGCGCUCAAGUCGAUCGUGCGAGCAGCAUCAUAUCUGUACCGCGUAAUUCGACCUUGUCGACUUCCCCCUCAGCACCUAAUGGUUUCCCAUCAAGCAUCACCUCUCCAGCAACUUCUAGCUCGAAUGGCCCAUUGCCUGUUAGGAACACGAGCAACAAAUUCAAGGGUAUUAGAGAUCUAGAAGAGAAGGAUACGUCUGCUUCUGCUGCUGCAGGUGCAGGUCAAAUCAAAAAGGAAGGACUGCUGUGGUCUUUGAGCCGACCUGGCAGUCAUGUGGAUCCCAUCAUGAAUAAAGCCGGGUGGCACAAGUUCUGGAUAGUGCUUGAUCAGGGCAAGCUGUCCGAAUAUGCCAACUGGAAAGACAGGCUCGAUCUCCACAUGGAUCCUAUUGACUUGCGAGUCGCGUCUGUGAGAGAAGCACGCAAUGCCGACCGACGUUUCUGUUUCGAGGUCAUUACUCCGCAAUACACUCGCGUCUAUCAAGCUCCUUCAGAAGAGGACAUGAAAUCAUGGAUUAGUUCAAUCAACAACGCUCUUCAAAGCGCUUUCGAAACCCGGCCGUCUACUAGCACGCAAAGCGCUGAGAAAGUUGGCUCUACGAGGAACACAAUCGCUGCUGUGUUGACUGGAAAGACUACACCGUUCUCCUCUCAACGACAAUCCACCAAUGCAACAUCAUCGUAUAUCAGUUCUUCGAGCAAAAUCGUAUCACGCCACGCGACAACGGGUGACAAGCCAACUUACAUGAAACCCGACAACGAGACGCCGUCGGCACUUCUGAACCAGAUACGGGAAGCCGAUGCUGGUAACAAAUAUUGCGCUGAUUGCAACUCUGACCAGAAAGUUGAAUGGGUGUCCAUCAAUCUCGGCAUAAUCCUAUGUAUCGAGUGCAGUGGUAUCCAUAGAUCUUUAGGCACGCACAUUUCUAAGGUGCGGUCCUUGACUCUCGACACCUCAGCGUUCACACCGGAUAUCAUUGAACUGCUCCUGUUGGUUGGCAACCGUGUUAGCAACAUGGUUUGGGAGGCCAAGCUUGAUGCUUUCCUCAAGCCAGGUCCUAACGUGACCAGAGAGCAACGUCUGCACUUUAUCACGGGCAAGUACAGUGACAGACUGUAUGUUCAAGGCUCGACCGAUGCCAUGGCACACUUCAAGAGCCCAGACGAUACGUUGCUAGUCAGCAUCAAACAGAACAACAUACAACAAGUGCUAUAUGCCCUUGCAUUGCGUGCGAAUCCCAAUGCUGCAGACCGCUCCCGUGGAACACACGCAGUAUUCCUGGCUCUCGCGGCUGCAGAUCCUGCCUCUCCAUCCAGUUCGUUUGUGCAGCAGCGCGGUGGCUCGUCGAAUCUAUCGUCACCAUCCUUGAGUCCAUCAGCACAACCCCAGCGUCCAACCACACCUACACCCUCAAGAAAACCUUUCCCAGUUGCUGAACUCCUGCUUCAGAAUGGAGCGGAGAUUCCGACUCAGCCAGCGCCUAUACCCUUGUCCCGAUCUGCGCAACAGUACAUUGAGUUCAAGAUCGACCAGAAAACCGGCCGACAUCUGGGACUGGGAGUUAAAGAUUCUGCUGGCGAUGUACUCUCAGCAUUGCCAAGCGAAAGGCACAGUCCCAACGAUCGCGACAGCCGGUUGAUCAAGAGGCAAAGCACCGGAUCUAGAAGUGUUGUGUCAAGCAGGGAUGGCAGCGUAGGGAGAAGGUGA